CUUUCGCCCACACUCACCCUAUCUCCAAAAUGUCCCUAUCAAACCCCUUCUCCGACAACAGCUCCUCCGCCUCUCCGCAAACCUCCGCCGACACAAAAUCUGCAAUAAUAUCCCAGGUCCAACAAGAAUCGGCCCUGAAUAACGCCCGCUCCCUCAUCGGCAAAGUAAAUGAAAACUGCUUCGAAAAAUGCGUCCCAUCCCCAGGCUCCAGCCUCUCCUCCAAGGAACAAACCUGCCUCACCGCCUGCAUGGAGAAGUACAUCCAGCUGUGGAACGCCACGAGCCGCGCCUACGGCGCACGCGUGAACCAGGAACACAAGGCCGGCUUUGCCGGUAGCUCCCCGCUCGGCGGGAGCGGGAGCGGGAGCGGCGGUAUAUUUUAGGGGCGGAGUUUAUGCGUGUGCUCCUGUUGGCAGGGAGGAUGGAAUGGAUGGUGGUUGGCAUGUGGUCAGGCUUAUGUUGUGGAGCUGGAGUUGGAUUUGGGAUUGGAUCGGACUGGGCUGGGCUGGAUCGAACUGGAUACGUACGGAUGAAGGGCAUGGAAUGAGUUUGGUAUGAUUAUUCGAUCCACGACGGCCGGUUUGUACAGAAUGUGUUGUGAGAGUUUGAUCUGGGAUGCGAUGCGAUGACUUCCAUUUUUUCUUGGAUGGGAGCGAUGGAGAUCUGUCAUCUAUCUGUAUAUCUAUAUCCCCUUGCCUUUCUUUCUUUCUUUCUUUCUUUCUUCUUUUUUUCCCUUCCCCAGUUUCUUCACGGAGGAUAUCGAUUUUGCAUGUUCUCUCUUUUCUUUCCGCUUUUUGUUUUAAAAUAAUCUUGUAUUUGUAGUUUCCUCCACUUUUUAUAUCUGUUUUAUGAUCCCCUCUUAGCCUAAACUGACGGACUAUAUGUGAAAAUACAGCCU